UAGCUCAGUGAGAAACAAGCACAGGCGCACUGCACAGCGUUUUGACCACUGGCUGUGUCCAUAACUCAAACUUUACCUGAAGUGGAAUAUACUGUAAAAUCUCAGUGCCUCAUGGAUUCCUAAAGAGGCAGUUGGAUACUUUUUUAUUGUUGCUCUGAAGUUUUUAUUUAUACUUUGAUGAGGAUUCAGUCUUUGCUUUUUGUCGGAUGAUGAAGCAGGCGGUCUCAGUGCUUCUACUGCUGGGCAUUAUUCUGGAAAUAACUGGUGUAGCUGCCAUCCAGCUGCGGUUUAUGCCCGAUCCACCAACGCUGAACACCUACGGCACCCACCGGAUGAACAAAUCUGACAACCUCGAUCUAACAUGCAGAGGUCGGCAGCGCCUGCUGUGGUCCACCCCUCCUACGAGCACUCGACUCUCCACCAGUGACUGCAGUGGUUCAGGACUUUUCUGCCUGACCCUGACCAUCACAAAUGCAACCGUGAAUGAAACUGGACAGUAUCAGUGUUAUUAUAAAGACCUGAAAGUUGAAGAUGGCAAGACAGCAGCAGGAGUUUAUGUCUUUGUCCAUGAUUCGAAGGUGCCGUUUGUGCCCUCUGAAAAGGAAUAUGAGGUAGUCUUUAUCCGUGAAGGCGAGCGGGUGGUGAUACCCUGCCGAGGCUCAGUGGAGAAUCUCAAUGUGACACUCAACACUAAUUACCCGAUCAAGGAGAUCCAUCCUGAUGGGAAGGAUUCCGUGUGGGACCCCAAGAAGGGCUUCAUCUUACCCACCCAUCUGAUAAGCUAUGCUGGGGUUGUGUCCUGUCAGACUCGUAUUAAAAAUGAGACAUUCAAGUCCCCUCUCUACAUCGUGGCUGUUGUUGGAUACAAGAUUUAUGACCUCACCCUGACCCCCGUUCAGCAGAGGCUGUCUGUAGGGGAGAGGUUGGUGCUAAGCUGCACUGCCAACACGGAACUUAACGUUGGCAUUGAAUUCAACUGGACUCACUCUGGAGGGGCCCUGAACUUAGGCAGUGGUUUCCACACAGUAUCCCACAAGAAGAAGCUGUGGGACUCUCUGGAGCUGUCAAACACGCUGAUAGUGGAGAAUGUGACAGUGGAUCACUCAGGAGAUUUCACCUGCACAGCUUCCAGCGGACAGAUGGAGAAAAGCGCCUCAGCUUACCUCACAGUUUUUGAAAUGCCUUUUAUUUAUAUGACAGAGCCAUGGGCAAAGGUGUGGGAAGUAAACGUGGGCGAUCAAGCACCCACGGAUAUCCCUGUCAAGUAUUCAGCCUACCCUGAGCCCAACUUGAAAUGGUUAAAAGAUGGCCAAGCUCUGGCCAAGGAUAACUAUAGAAUAAAGCACAAAGGUGAUCUUCUCAUAAUCCGUGGAGCAACUGAGGAUGAUGCAGGCAUCUACACUGUGGUCCUGACCAACAAGAUCACUAAAGAUGAACAGAGACGCUCCUUCAAACUGCUGGUCAAUGUACCUCCUAAGAUAAUCGAGAAAGGGAGUGGCUACAGUGAUGUAUAUGAGUAUGGCAAAGGCACUACCGUGUGGUGCACCGCCCAUGGUAUUCCGACACCUGAGUACAUCCAGUGGCAGUGGAUGUCCAAGGACGACUGUCCGGCGGUCUUCGUGCCAGGGCUAAACAACAUUGAGGAGCAGCUGAAGAACUGCACAGCAUGGAAAAAUAUCACCAUUAGCGGUGUUCACAACCAAAUAGAAAUCAUAGAUAAUAUUAAUCGAGUUCAAAAUAAAUUUAUAAGCGCACUGAAGAUUCAAAAAGCAGAGACCCAUGCCCUCUAUAGAUGCAAGACUGCCAACAAAGUAGGAAAGGAUUCCCGAAACAUCUUUUUCCAUGUCACACGUGACGUUGAGGUGAGCAUGUCUCCCUCCAAUAAGCCCAUGGAGCAGGACGAUGUCAUCCUGCGGUGUAAAGCGGACAAUGUGCUGUAUGAUAAACUAGCUUGGUUUCGUGUUGCCAACCUGUCUAAGUCAGAGCACGCUGAGUCCACCCUGCCCUGUCGCUUGCUGACUCUGCAGCCCUUGCCGCAGGCCGUGAUGUCCAGUCUGCAGGGCAACAUCACCCUGGAGCUAAGGCUGCACAAUGCAUCCCGUCAGGAUGAGGGUCUGUAUGCAUGCCAGGUGAAAAACACCAAGACGGCGAAGAGCACUUGCAUUCUGCGCCAUCUGUCUCUCAGAGAUCUUGAGGCUCCAAGAAUACUCAACAAUUUCACUGACCAAAAGGUCAAUGUGAGUGCGACCAUCACUCUUCACUGUGACGCUGUUGGGACGCCAAACCCAAAAGUAGUAUGGGCCAAAAACAAUCACACAGUGGAGAAGAGCUCAGGGGUGAUUCUGAACCGGAACAACCUGACAAUUCAGCGUGUGAAGAAGGAGGACAGCGGUCUGUAUACUUGUACGGCAUGCAACACCCGUGGCUGUGAUACCUCACAGGCCUAUUUGAGUGUUGAAGGUGCAGAGGAAAAAACUAAUGUGGAGCUGAUUGUUCCCAUUGGCUCAGUGGUUAUAGCCAUGUUUUUCUGGCUUUUGAUCGUCUUCGUCAUCCGUGGACGAAAGAAACCAACUGGAGGAGACUUGAAGACCGGCUACCUAUCCAUGAUUCUGGACUCAGAGGACCUGCCCAUGGAUGAGCAGUGUGAGAGGCUCACGUAUGAUGCAAACAAAUGGGAGUUUCCUCGUGACAGGCUGAAGCUUGGUGAACCACUGGGACGAGGGGCAUUUGGUCAGGUUGUAGAAGCAGCUGCCUUUGGUAUCGAGAAAGCUACUACAUGCACUACUGUUGCAGUCAAGAUGCUGAAGGAGGGAGCUACUUCCAGUGAAUAUCGUGCCUUGAUGUCAGAACUAAAAAUUCUUAUCCACAUUGGGCAUCAUCUCAAUGUUGUCAACCUGCUGGGAGCUUGCACCAAACCCGGGGGACCACUGAUGGUGAUUGUUGAGUACUGUAAACAUGGAAAUCUGUCCAGCUACCUGAAGAGCAAGCGUGGAGAGUACAGCCCCUACAAGAGAAAGCGAGUCAGUAGCCAGAGGUGGGCACCUGCUGAUGAGGAUGUGGCUGAAGGGGAUCUUGGUUUGGGGAAGGUCGCCCAGCUGGACAUCUGCACGGGAACAGCAGAGGACAAGGCUUCAAGCACCAGUGGUGACCCUAACGAAGAGAGCUCAGUUGACGACCAUCUCAACAUGGAGGACCUGAUAAGCUACAGCUUCCAGGUUGCAAAAGGAAUGGAAUUCCUGUCUUCUCGAAAAUGCAUACACAGAGAUCUAGCAGCCAGAAACAUCCUGCUCUCAGAGAAUAAUGUGGUGAAAAUAUGUGACUUUGGUCUUGCUAGAGAUGUCUACAAAGACCCAGACUAUGUUCGCAAAGGAGAUGCCCGUCUUCCUCUGAAGUGGAUGGCUCCUGAGACCAUUUUUGACCGGGUUUAUACAACUCAAAGUGAUGUUUGGUCCUUUGGAGUUCUCCUCUGGGAGAUAUUCUCCUUGGGGGCUUCUCCCUAUCCGGGUGUUUGCAUCGAUGAGUCUUUCUGCAGGAGACUGAAGGAAGGGACAAGGAUGAGACCUCCUGAAUAUGCCACCACCGAAAUGUGA